CGUCAUCAAAAGUUGUUUCUUGCUUUUAUGUUCCAUGCUUUUAAAAUUUGACAAAUUGUGAUUUUUAAGCUGUACGCCAUUUUGUUUGGCUGAUUUCUUGUUGACUCCUUUAAAUCUGCUUACGUUUUUAAUAAGAAUCUAUCCAACAUUACGUGAUUAUAAAUAUAUUUGAAUAAAUGGUUGGAUAUCGGAUUUACAUGUAAGGGUUUUUGAAUCUUGGAUUUGGACAGUAAAAUAAAAUUUAUCUUUACCAUGCCCUGAUAACAGUCUCGCUCUCGCAUCAGUUUUUCACCUUAUCGUUUCGGUAUAGUUUAUAGUGAAUUGACCCAAAUGAAUAAAUAAGGUAUUCCCACAGAAGGCUGCUACAUAACAAAAAAUGGAAUUUGCACCACCUAUGAUGAAUCAUCCACCCCCCAAUAUGGGGGCCCCUCCACCAAAUUUAGCCCAGCCACAAGGAUUUAUUCGCCCACCAUUCAGACCCUUCAUGAAUAAACCCCCCUUGCCCGGGCCUCUAGGAAAUAUGACAUUAGAAGAUUUUGAUGGAAAACGUCUCAGAAAAUCUGUAAUGAGAAAAACUGUAGAUUACAAUUCCUCAAUUAUUAAAGAGCUGGAAAACCGCGUCUGGCAGCGUGACUGCAGAGACAGAAGAGCACUUCAACCAGAUGCCAUGUACUAUCCAGACCUAAUGCCUCCACCAAGUUAUCCUGACAACCCCAUCAACUGUGUCACAACAAGAUUUGUUAAAACAGCCACUAACAAGAUGAGAUGUCCAAUCUUCUGCAUGGCAUGGACACCUGAAGGCAGGCGUUUGGUAACUGGCGCCAGUUCGGGGGAGUUCACGCUAUGGAACGGUUUAACAUUCAAUUUUGAAACAAUCCUCCAGGCCCACGACAGUCCGGUGCGUACGAUGGUAUGGAGUCACAAUGACAGCUGGAUGGUGACUGGGGACCACGCGGGUUACGUCAAAUAUUGGCAGUCUAACAUGAACAAUGUGAAGAUGUUCCAGGCACACAAAGAGGCACUUCGCGGCAUAAGCUUCAGCCCCUCCGACAACAAGUUCGUAACGUGCUCAGACGAUGGUACUUUGAGGAUCUGGGAUUUUUUCCGUUACCAAGAAGAGAAGGUGCUCAGAGGACACGGAGCAGACGUCAAGUGUGUUCACUGGCAUCCUCAAAAAGCGCUGAUUAUUUCGGGUAGUAAGGACAACCAACAACCUAUCAAGCUGUGGGACCCCAAAACAGGACAGUCAUUAGCCACGCUACACGCGCAUAAAUCGACAGUAAUGGACCUAAAAUGGAACGACAACGGUAACUGGCUAAUAACGGCAUCUAGAGAUCACUUACUGAAACUGUUCGAUUUACGAAACCUGAGUCAAGAGGUGCAGACCUUCAGAGGACAUAAAAAGGAAGCGUCAAGUGUAGCUUGGCACCCCAUUCACGAAGGACUCUUCAGCAGCGGAGGCUCAGAUGGGGCUAUCAUGUUCUGGCACGUCGGUGCUGACAAAGAAGUAGGAGCGAUAGAACAAGCUCACGAUAGCAUAGUAUGGACGUUAUCAUGGCACCCACUCGGACAUAUACUUUGUUCAGGGUCCAACGAUCAUACCAGCAAAUUUUGGACUAGGAAUAGACCGGGAGAUCAAAUGAGAGACAAAUAUAACCUGAACACGUUACCAGCUGGUAUUGCUGGAUGGGACGAUAUGGAGAUGGUAGCGGGAGCUACUGAUGAACCAGCAUCGAUAAUUCCUGGCAUGGGCCCAGAAGAUAAAGUUGAUAUUACGACGAUCAUAACAGAUGAGAACCAAACAAUUCCUGGAUUAGACUAUGAUUCUGUUACUAACGAAGAUAAGGGCAAAACAAAGAAAGUACCAUUCAGUAAACCCAUACCUCGUAAUUUCCAAGCCCAGUGGAAUGAAACUGGCAUAGAUGAUUCAUCCUUUACCUCAGUCAUUAACCAACUGGUAGAAAACACACCUGGUGUAGUUCCUCUGCAGCAAAUAGCUCCUAAUGCUAUUAUAAUUUAUGGAAAACUAAUUCCAGUUGAACCUGGCUCCAAAUUGGAGCAAGCCAUUUCCGACGGUCCAGAUGCAUUGCAAAAGUACAUCGCUUCGGGCGAAAUCGAGGAACUUCACGAUGUAAUGCCAAUUUUGGACGAUGACGAUGAAGAUGAGACCACUAACGAUAAUUACCAAGACAAUCGGGAACCGGAACAUGACUUCAAGGACCACGACAUGCGUCGUCAGUCUCAAUUUGGCAGCAAUGGCAGGGACACCGAUAUGCGCAAUACGGGAGGCGACAUGGACUUCAGGAACGGACGAGAUACCCGAAAUCAAGGCCGUUUCGAUCGUCCACAACGAAUGGAUGAAGAUUUCCGUUUCAACAAUGGUGAUGAUUAUAGAGAUGAUUACAGAGAGGACUAUAGAGAAGAUUACGAGAGAGCAGAAGACGAGGAGUAUAUGGAAGAAGAAUACUAUGAUGAAGAACCGCGUCAAGGAAACUGGGGCCAAAGGCAAAACUUUCAGAAAAGAAACAAAUUCCAGAAAGGCUUCCGAGGUCCUCCACAACCUAAAGGCAACUGGUCGGGUUCAGACAGGUCACCCAUGGACAGAGGACUCAACCGAGAUAGAUCACCUAUGGACCGACCUCCCAUGGACAGACCUCCAAUGGAUAGACCUUCUAUGGACGGUCCUCCAUCACUCAUGGGUAGACUCCCCAUGGAUAGACCUCCUAUGGAUAGACUUCCUAUGGAUAGGUCCCCUAUGGACAGACAGGGUGGUGAUUUCAGGGGUGGUAGAGGCGAUUUUAGGGGCGGAAGAGGCGGAAGUAGGGGCGGCCGUGAUAGAGACCGAGAUAGAGAUCGAGGCGGAAGAAGUGAUAGAGGUGGUGCGCGAGGCAGGGGAGCGGGAAGAGGAAGAGGUGGCCCUAGGGGCGGAAAUAGAGGAGGAGGAGGAGGGAAUAGAGGACGAGGUGGUGGUCGGGGAAGUUUCAGAGAGUGAUGUGAUGGAUUGUUGUGAUCUGGUUGGUGGCAUUUGUGUUAAUGAACUUUUUUCACUGUGGGUAGGUUAUGGGACUCAUUUUAAAGAAGCUGAUUUUUUCUGCCUCCAAAAUGGUAUUUAUAGCCAUUUUUUUGAAAUACAUGGUUAAUUAAAAAACAGGGGGGAGGCUUGGCCACCUUUUUGAUGUCUUGCAUAGAUGUGGAUAUGCUUCUUUUCCAUAAUACGGUGCUUUGACUGAUCCGUCUUUGAUAUUUCACAUUAGAUUCUAGUUAAAAAUGAUCUUUUGUGUUUUUAAUUCAGGCGCAUCGAUUUGGAAAUGACCAGUAUAUUAUAUACCAGUUUAAAAAUAGUAGUCAAGCUGGCGCUUGUUUUAAGGACAUAAGAAAAACUGGGACAAACUCAUUAAAAAAUGCUUAUUUGUGCAAAAACCAGUGCCGUUAUAUUUUUUGUGUAGCAGUGAUUAUAUUUCUCUGGCAACAAUCUGUAAUUGUCUCGUAUUAAAAAUCAGCUUUUUCAAAAGAGGUGUUCAAAGUGUCUUUCCCAAUAAUCCUAUGGACCUUGCUCAUGUCUAUGAAAUGCCCAUAUGACGGAAAGAUGUAUGAUGUAUUUAUUUGCUUCAGGCCUUUCGUUUAAAUUUUCGGAAUGUAUAAUGUUGUUUAUACUGUCAUUAAUUGUAAUUUGUAUAUAUAUAUUGACAUAGGAUAUCAAUUCUAUUUCUAUCGUCCCAUCAUGUUGGUAUAAUAACACAUACUGAUUAAUAUGUCCGAGUUUAUUUUAAGCAUUGUGAUUUUUACUUUGCAUCAAAUAAACCGAUGUUUCUA